UUGCGCGCCGAGCCCCCGCCCCUCGCUUCGGGCUCGCGGAGCGCCCGUGCCGAGCUGGGUGAGGCGGAGCGGGGCACGGACACCUGCGCCCACCCGGCACCGCUGCGCCCGGAUCCAGCGGCCCGGCCGCGGCCAUGAGCCAGACGGAGCUGUCCACCUGCUCGGCCCCGCAGAGCCAGCGCAUCUUCCAGGAGGCGGUGCGCAAGGGCAACACCAAGGAGCUGCAGUCGCUGCUGCAGAACAUGACGAACUGCGAAUUCAACGUGAACUCGUUCGGGCCCGAGGGGCAGACGGCCCUGCACCAGUCCGUCAUCGACGGCAACCUGGAGCUCGUCAAGCUGCUCGUCAAGUUCGGCGCGGACAUCCGCCUGGCCAACCGCGACGGCUGGAGCGCGCUGCACAUCGCCGCCUUCGGGGGCCACCAGGACAUCGUGCUCUACCUGAUCACCAAGGCCAAGUACUCGGCGGGCAGCCGGUGACGCUGCUCCUUGCUCCAGGCUGGGCUGGCGGGGACAGGGGCCGUGGCUGCUCCGCUCGCUCGGGGAGCGGAUAAUGCCCCGGGGCGCACGCACACGGCUCCCCGCCCGGGGCUGCGUCCUGCCCCCUGCCCCACGCUGGGCGCCCUGCGGACUCCAGCCUCGGUCUUCCGCAGGGGCCGCCCUGGGCUGCUGCGGGUGAGGCGGGGGGCAGGACCCGGCCCUCCGAGAGAUGGGGGGACCUCUCCGAGGGGCGGGCUGGGCCCUUCCUCACCCCCGGCUGCCUCGCCCGGGACAAAGGUGCCUUCCUAGAUCGAGUCCGCUGGCACGAGCUGCGGGCGGCCCCUGCCCAGUGUAAUACUGGUGGGAUGAGGACAUCAUGGAUUGAAAACAAUGAAAUAGAAGUGAAAUGAAAUAAACGCUAGAGGCAGAGGAAUUGCUUUUGCACAGAAAAAGAGUGUGAGCGCCCCAUGCAGUCUAGGAGGAAAGUUUCAAGAACAAACUCGAUAACUACUGAGAAAUAGUUUGGGAUUAUUUUUUUUUUUUUAAUUUUUUUUUGGUGAAACUUGGCUAACACUUCUCAGUGCAGAAUGAUUCCAUCUGACUUUGUAUAAAUGAAAGGGAGGAAGAAGAGGAACCCAUCUUAAACUGCAUUUGGAAGUGACUGCACAUAUAAUUGCAAUGCUGCUUUUUGUUGCCAUGGCACAACAUCAUCCAUUUUUAAAAAUGCAGAAAAUUUCAGAAGUCUCCUUUCCACUGUUGGUCUUUUAUCCCUCUAUGUUUGUCUGCACUAAAAACCCUUAUCACUGCCAUCUCCUCACUAUCCUCUCUUAUUCCCCUUAUCCAAACCCUUACAGUUAAAAAAAUAGUUAUCUACUUUUUUGUUGUUGUGUUAUAACUAUUUAUCAUAUAUGUAUAUAUUUGUGGGUGAUGUUUGUGUGCCUGGUUUUGUUUGAAGCUAUCUGUGAGUAUUUCAAAAGUACGGUUUGGAAAAUAUGCAUUUUUUCUAAUCUUAAAACUAAACUUGAGUCUGCCAUGGUUUUUUUGUUUUGUUUUGUUUUUCAUUGCACUGAAUAUUCUGCUUUGUCUAUGAUGGUUUCACCUGCAGUUUUUUCUCUCUUAAACAAUUUAUAUGAUUAAAAAGCUCCAGAUUAAAAAAAAAAGUCCUUUGAAAGUGUCUAUUGUUAAUGCUGUAAUUUACAAGGAACUUCUUAGUUUGCAAACUUUCUCUGUGAGCAUUGAAGAUGGUGUUAAGCACUUUUGUUGGUGCUUCUCUGUUAUAGGGGGGAACAAUAUCUUUUCUGAUGAGGUUUUACUAUAGUUACCAGAUGGUUGCACAUUUUUUUUAAAUAAAUGGAUUUGCCACAAUAAUAUGUCAUAACAUUUAUGACAUAAUAUUAAAAAAAUAGUGUAUUUUAAAGCCAAGUUCUAGAUUGGUUUUUUUUAAAGAAAUCUUGGUUAUAAACUCAAUUCUAAAGGGAGUUCUGUCCAGUGUUGUAAAGACAACAUAAUGUAACCCAUAUUUAUAUUUUUAUAAAAUACCUAUUAAGACUGUGAAUCUCUUGUGGGAAUUGCUAAGUGAGUUUAAGAAAAGUGUUGUUCCUCUUCAGCUUCUUGGAGCUUUAGGCAUGAUUAGAAUUUGAAAAUUGUACAUUGGGGAAGGGGGUUUGCUCUGAAAUUGUGCGUUGAUGUAUUUUUACAUCACUUUAAAAAAAAACUAUUUUACUGAAAAGCUGCUGCCUUUCCUAGUCCCUAUAGUUUCAAUUUUCUAUGCAACCCCACAAACCCCAUAUAUAUAUAUAUAUUUUGUUAUCCUGAGAAAUAAAAGGGAUGCUGAUUUAUUCAAAUUUAAAUGAGGUUUUUCCCCCUCUCUUGUUUGGCUCAUAGUGCUGCUGACCCUUCAUGCCAAAAUGGGGAGUACAAGAAAAAAGACAGGUUGGGGGGAGGCUCUUUUGUGCAUGACUGGUCACCUUUUGGCAGUCAUCUUUGUUGUUAUUAUUUUUGUAAGAAGAAUAUAUUGCUAAUGUCAGUGAAAUAAGCAGACAUUGAAGCUGAUGCACAGAUUGCUCCAGAAAGGAGUUUUUCUGUAGAUUUUUCUCUAGAUGCGAAUACCUUUUUUAAUUAUGUUAAUUAAUGUUAAGAAUUUUUAGGCUUAUAUUGAAGCUGUAUGUGGGUCACUAUAUGAUCAUUUCUAACUGGAUAAAGUCUGUACAGUACAGCAUAUUCCUGAGUGUAUGAUAUAGACUUGUAGCCCCAGAGUGAGAAAUUUAUAAAUAAAUUUUUCAUUGAUCUUUUUAUAAAAAAAAAAAGUGGCUUUUUGGUUUGUUCUUUCCCACACGUACAUCAGUGAAGUUACAGGCUUGGUAGUGACAACUCCUCACGUGCCUGGGACAAGAAAGCAGUUCGCUACAUUGCAAAGGGAUUGCUCCUGUCCAGUGUUAAAAAUAUUGAUCAGAAGCUUGUGUUGUACACUGCCUUUCAUCCAAGGGCCCUUGGAUGUG